CGAUUCUUUCGCGGGCCGCGCUCUCCAGAAUAAUUGACCUUGUGCGAUUUUAAGUGAAGAAAAAAAGAAGUCAACCCGUUCGUGCUCUUCAAGUCUGCAGUCUUCCGCUGCAUCGUUUUUAUUUUCAUAGCAGAGUGCAGACGAUCUUGCUAAGGAUUAAAACGUCGUCAACCGGAAGCGUGCUUCUUCAUUCGAAAUUAGAAUGCAAACAGAAUCAUGAGGAGUUUCGUUGCUCUUUGGAUUUUGUGUUUCCCUGUUCUUCUAAUUACUCUGUUCUCCCCUUUGCUUGCGAACAUUUCCACAACAAGUCACGAUUCUUCGACAGUCCACCCUCAAGUUUUUCCCCAGCCCCCAAAUGAAGCAUGGCCGACGGUGGGGAGCUCCAUUCCCGAAGAGGAACCGAGUGAUUACGAAGUGUGGUCAGCCAUCGUCUCUUCCAUGGCCAAAUGGGAAGAAAUGAAGAAACGAAAAGCACACAAGCACCAUGUUCGGAAGAGAUCGGAAGAAGUCGUAUGCUAUCGAGGAUUCGGAUGCUUUCGAGAUGAAGGCGCUUUCGACUACCUGGACACCCUUCCCGCCUCUCCUGAAGCCAUUGGCACCAAAUUCAUCUUGUACACCAAUAAGAGCAGGAAUACCGGCGAGUUGCUUUGGUAUGAUAACAGCUCCUCUCUCUACUACUCUCACUUCAACAGCAGCAAUCCAGUCAAAGUAAUCAUCCACGGGUUCGGGAGCAGUGGGAGGAAGAUGUGGGUGUUGCAGAUGACGGAGGCUCUCCUCGCCAUGGAAGAUGUGAACGUGAUCGUUGUCGACUGGGAAAAAGGCUCUGCCUUGCCCAACUAUGUACAGGCAGCUGCUAACACACAGUUGGUAGGCAAGCAGCUAGCCGCCCUCAUCCGGAUGAUCAACUAUGAGAGAGGGUUGAGCAAUAGUGACUACCACCUCAUUGGAUUCUCUUUGGGAGCACACGUUGCUGGAUUUACUGGCAUGGAGUGCCACAAUAUCAGCAGAAUUACUGGUUUAGAUCCGGCAUCGCCUCUUUUCGAAGGUUAUGAUCCCAAAAUUAAGCUGGAUCCGAGCGAUGCAACUUUUGUUGACGUUAUCCACUCGAAUGGUAAUAGUUUCCUUAAAGGAGGACUUGGAACGUUUGAACCUUUAGGACACGCUGACUUCUAUCCUAAUGGUGGUAGGGUGCAGAUUGGGUGUAAUAAUGUCUUCAUAGGAGCAGUUACUGAUAUCAUAUAUGGGAAAUGGCAAAGUUUGUGCAAUCAUCGGCGUGCCUUCAGGUUCUUCAUCGACUCCAUCAUACCCAGCUGCAGAUUUCCCGCGUUUCCCUGCGACAGCUAUGAAAACUUCUUGGCCGGAAAAUGCUUCAAGUGUAGCGGACAAGGUUGCGUUAACAUGGGGUACUAUGCAGAUCGAUCCCAGCAUGCACGCGGAAAAUACUAUUUGGUGACAAGAGAAACGGAACCUUUCUGUGCAAACCAGUAUCGGAUUUCCAUAGCGAGUACAAGAGGCCAAGGCACCACUUGGGGAAAAUUGGAGAUUUCUUUCAUCGGAGAGGACAACAGCAACGAAACCUUUGUGCUGACGAAUGAGAGCCAAGAAAUCAAUGAUAAGCAAGACAUUCAAGGCCUGAUAGUAGCUGAUCCAAGCGUGCGUAAUGUCACAGCUGUCAUCGUCAAAUACACCAAAUACAGAGGCUGGAUUUACACCGGGCUCGAUCGGUGGGAUAUUGACAAGAUACAGAUACAUAAUAGCAAUGGACAUGUCAUGAGUUUUUGUGGGCACGCUAUGCCUAUACUGAACGGCGAGCCAAAAUUCCUGCCACUUAUCCAUGGUGACUGUACUGCAGAACCUACAACACAACGACUGGCUCGACUGAUCUGGCAGGUCGUUGGGGAACCGGUCGCCGGACGGGACCCCCGUCCUCCAAAGCUCCUCUGGAAGAUCAUGGUGGACGAUACCUCCAAGUACCACUGGCACAAUUCAUGACAGGAAAAUUCCAUUAACAAUUACAAAAUUAGUAACUCCUUCUUUGACCAUUUUGCGAGCUUCUGUAAGACAUCCGUUCGCGGGUUGACAGCAUGGGUCGUCCAGAGGUUUAAGAAUCACUAAGAAUGAUUCGUCCAGAGAAUGAAUACACUUAGCGUCAUUGGAAUAAAUGUAGAAAUAACAGACGAAACUUGAAUAUCCGACAACUAUCAUAAAGAUAUUUUUUUCUGACUGUGGUGAGAUUUUGGGUUAUAUUUGAUGAGAAUAAGAAUUAUGUUUAAAUAAUUGAAAAACAGAACAGUUAUAAGUUAUGCUGUUUAGUAUAUGUGAAACAAGUAUUAUUCUGGUGAUUGAAUCUCUAAUUAUAUGCUAUGGAUUUCACGAGGGAAACUCUGAACUCUCUUUGCAGAUAUAGAACAUUGAUAAUCAUUCAAAUCGUUGCUAUGAGGACAGAAAUUUUUUUAACAAUAGUACAGCUUAGAUCAGGUAGUUGUUGGAUAUUGAAGAAUAUGAUAUAUCUAGUAUUCCUUUUUGGAUAGAUCACUUAGAUGCAUGAAACAUAAAACAUUCUGUAAAUAUUUUAUCAUUAGUCAUUUCAGUGUGUAUUUUUCACUGUUCUUUUUCAUUACUGAUUUGUGUUAUUGAGUAAACCGAAGCACUGUAUGACAAAGUGAGAAAAGUUUGUGAAAACAACAUCUUUUUUGAAAUCAAGGUUUAUUUCAAACUGAUUUGAUCAAUACCUUGGUAAUGAACUUUUAAAACUUUAUGUAUUGGAAAAGAAAGUGGUUAUAUAAUUAUUCACUAAAUACAAGCGAUUACUGUAUUUCUUUGGAGAUGUAAAAAAUGUAAUUGCAUGCAAUGAUUUUUUUGCGAAUUAAUAAUCUGAGACUUCUUACAGUGUGCAAUUAUUUUUAAUUCUUUAAACCAAGAAAUGUCAAAAUGAUAUGCAAUCUUGAAUAAUGCUUGAUAGGAGUUAUCCCAGUGUAAAAGGUUGAAAAACAGCCGUUUGUUGCUUUCGUUUCUAAAUUUAUUUUGUUAGUCCAUGCAAUGAUAAUUUUAAAAAAUAUCUAUUGGUAGUUUCUUAAGAUGUUUUCUUUCUUUUGCCUUGUUAGUGUCGUUUUUCUUUUUCAAUUCUCUUUUGCGAAUUUACAUUUGGUGUCUCAAAAAGGUAUUCCUAAAUAUUCUUUUUGAGAAUUAAGUGCCUUUUAAGAUUGGUGCUAAAUGAAUGAACUCGAAAUGUUUGUUUAAAAAUGAAGGUUUUAAUAUUUCUAUUUUAUUUCCAGAAUAUUUUAGUAAUUAAAUAUUGCAUUUUUUUUUUUACCUCUUGCAUAAUAUUUAUCUGUAUAUAAACAAAUCUGAAUUAUUUUUCUUGUGAAAAGAAAUUGAUUUUUAAAAAUUAUGUGAAUUCUGUCAGAAAUACCAUUGUAUAAAUCUCUAUUUGUUAAUAGUAAUUAUUAUAAACAUUUAGAAGUGAAAUAAAUUAUGCAGUCAAUCAAUGAAAUGAAUUUACAUUAAACAUUUGAAAGGACAAUUUAAUUUUCAAUCGUUUUAUGAAUAAUUCUAUGAUUUUCUUGUUUGAAAGCAAUUAUUGAAAACAACAUGUUAUAAUAAAAUAUUGCUACUAAUGGAACUAAAUCAAUAAAUGAAGCGAAAACUCUCAGAUAUAUGAAAAGCUUUUAUGCGAUUAAGCAACUUAUUAUCCUGGUUUUUCCAAAUCACAUCUUCAUUUAAUCAUUUGUAGAGCGCAGCUUCUAUCUUAGCUAUAAAAAAUAUUCCCAUUGUGUUAAAUUUUUGAUUCUAUCCAAAAAAAUUUGUUAUGUGUUAUUUUGGUGGUCGUUGUGCUGUUUUUCGCUUUGUGUUUAAGGGUUCGAUGCGAUGUAAAGGCAUUAUGCAUGUAUGCAUUGCAAUGACUGCAGAUGCGUGAGCCAUAUUGUGAUAUAAAAUUAUUGCAAUUCUGUGUUGAUGUAUUUAAUGUUUUCAUUCUUUCGUACUG